AUGAGUGUACAUGAUUCAAAUGAACAUGACAUUUGGGCGUCAGGCAAUGAGACGAAAUCUCCCUGGGGGGCAAAUGAAAGUAAUGAAGCGAAUCAUAAGACUACAACAACCGCAUUAAAUCAGAAUUCCAAUGUUUCAUCGACACUUAAUAGCUUAACCAUAGAUAAUGAAAAUCCAGGUCAUUCUAUAUUUGGCAGUUCAUCUCCCGUUGGUUCUGAAACAAAUAUCUUUAAAGAUUCCCUAGAUGAACAACAACAAGAAAAUGAUUCUGAAGAGCAGGGUGUUUGGGGUGGAUCCAAUAAGUCAGCCAAAUUCCCACCUUUCUCUGACCCUUUAACUGCAACAUUAAAUAUAUUUGACGAUAAUAUUACUAGAGGUGAGGGAUCUUCAGAAGUAAAUAAUAUUGAAACUGAACAACAGACUAAUAAUGAGGAAUUGGAAGAAUGGAUUAAGGCUGCUAGAAAACGUUAUAAUCCAUUGUUAUCAGAUAUAGUCUCAAUCGAAGAGAUUCCGGAGCGAGAAGGUCUGCUAUUUAAACACAUCAAUUACAAACUAGUGUUAUCUAUAGAACUUCCAGACACCGAACCAUCCGACUCAAAAAGUGUUGUUAGAAGAUACUCAGACUUUGAUUGGUUACAAGAAGUUCUAUUAAAGAGGUAUCCAUUUAGAAUGAUCCCUGAGUUACCACCUAAGAAGAUUAAAACCUCUCAAAAUUUGGAUCCCACUUUUCUCAAGAAAAGACAACAUGGUCUUUACACCUUUAUUAAUUUAAUAAUGAAACAUCCUAUAUUAAAAGAGGAUGACUUAGUAUUGACCUUCCUGACUGUGCCAACUGAUUUGUCUACUUGGAGAAAACAAUUAAAUAAUAAAUUUGAUACCGUUGAUGAGUUUCAUAACAAAAGAAUUACCAAAACUUUCAUUAAAAUGUGGAAACCAGAAUUAUCAAUUCAUUUAAAUGACGUUGCCGGUUCAAUUGAUAGGACAAUUGAAACAUGGAAUAAGGUAAAUAUUAUAGUCCAGAGAUCGCAAAGAAGGUUACAACAAAAGAUACAUGAAAACAAAAUAAUGACUAAUCUACUAAACGACUUACAAGGAGAGACCUCUAAAAUGUACCCUAUUGAUAUUGAUGAGGGAAAUAAUAGAACUGUCCUUGACAUUAAUAAUAAUCUCUCCAUUAUAAACAAACAUAUAUCUGACCUGAAUAUUUUGAAUGAUGAGGAGAUUGCCAAAUUAUCACAGGAAUUAAUUCCAAAAUUUGCCAUAUAUAUCGACAUAUUAGUAUCUUUAAAGAACAUGUUUGAAAGAUAUAGAAUAAUGGCGACCAACAACAUACCUCAAUUACAAAGACAUAUAGAGAUUGAUAUGGAAAGGUUAGAAUCCAUGAAAGGUAAACCUGACUCAAGUGGAACAGAAUACGAUCGGUUGAGACUUUCUGUCAAAAAGGAUAGAGCUUCCAUCGUUCAACAAUUAAAUAGAUCAUGGUUGAUUAGACAAUGUAUCUUUUUCGAAUUUGCUAUUUUCCAAGAAACACAGUUUUUAAUUUCUAAUGCAUUUAAGGAUUGGACAAGAUUGAACUCAAGUACAACUGAGCUUAAUAUGAAUGCAUGGGAGAAGGUCACAGGCUUGAUUGAAAAUAUGGCUUUAUCGAAUAACCUGUAG